UGCCCAUCUCGUUCUAGCACCUAGAGAUCCAAUAUGCAGCACUUCUUCCUCUUCCUCUUGCUCCUCGUUUUCUUGCUUCCCCAUGAAACCAGCUACUCCGCGGCCGCAGCUUCCGGCGGCGGUGACAGGUGCAGCCGCCGGUGUGGCGGUGCCACCGUCCCAUACCCUCUCGGAUUCUCCCCCGGCUGCCCCAUCGCCCUGUGGUGCGACGCCAGCAUAUCCACGCCGAUCCUCCCAUACAUAGGAGAGAACGGCACCACGUACCGCGUGAUAGCCUUCAACUCCACCAUCUCCACCGUCGUUGUCGGCCUCCCGCCGUCGUGCAGCCGCAGCGUCCCCGAGGCCAGGAGGGUGCUCUCCGGGGGCAACUACGGCGUGUCGUCUCGCACCGGUCUUUUCCUCCGCGGCGGCUGCGGCGGGGUCAACGCGUCGGCGGGCGCUGGAUGCAGCGUGCCCGUGGGCGUCAUGUCCAGGCUGCUCCGCACGGCGCAGUGCGUCGGCAUCAGCAACGACACCUCGCCCGCCGCUGUGGCGUGCGUCGCUUCCGCUGCGCCAAACUCCACCGCGGCGGUGCAUGGCCAGUUUCUGCGGUGGGAGAAGGUCGAGAAGCAAAAGUGCGACGACGUGCUGACCUCCACGGUGUUCGUGCUCACGGCGGAGGGGACGGCUACGCUGGAGUUCGGCGUGGCCGAGCUCGGCUGGUGGCUCAACGGGACGUGCGGCGCCGGCGGGGGCGAGCGUUGCGCGGCGAACGCGUCGUGCACCGACGUAAAAACGCCUAGCGGGGAGUUGGGGCACCGGUGCGGGUGCGUGGCGGGGAUGGAGGGCGACGGCUUCUUGGCCGGCGACGGAUGCUACCUCGGUGGAUCCCCUCAUGAUGUUGUCUCAAGCUCCAAGGUGCGGCAAAUAUUCAUAGUUAUUGGCUUGAUAUCUUCUCUUGGCAUCACUGUCUUCUUCUUCAUCUAUGGCCGGAAAAGGCGCAAUGCCCUGAUGAAGACAACAAAACAACUACCCAAAAAGGCAGCCAUAUUCUUCAAUGGGGAAGUCAUGGAGGACGAGCUAGAGCAAGGAGCCAGCGGCCCCCGGCGAUUUUCCUACAGUGAGCUCGCCGUCGCCACUGAUAACUUUUCAAAUGACAUGGCACUCGGGAGAGGAGGCUUCGGGUAUGUAUAUCAAGGGUUUAUUAGUGACAUGGACCGUGAAGUGGCUGUCAAGAGGGUGUCUGAGACCUCUCGACAGGGUUGGAAGGAGUUCGUCUCUGAGGUGCGGAUCAUUAGUCGGCUCAGGCAUCGAAACCUUGUGCAGCUCAUAGGCUGGUGCCACGGUGGAGACGAGCUUCUCCUCGUCUACGACCUGAUGCACAAUGGCAGCCUCGACACUCAUUUGUAUAGAUCCGACCAUGGGCUGACAUGGCUGAUAAGGUAUGUUACAUUGAUAUUCCUCACUUCGGCGCUUCUGUACCUGCACCAAGAGGCGGAGCAACGUGUGGUGCACAGGGACAUCAAGCCUAGCAACAUCAUGUUAGACGCCUCCUUCACAGCCAAGCUCGGUGACUUCGGGCUCGCGAGGCUCAUCAACGACGGACGGAGAUCGCACACGACCGGCAUAGCUGGCACGAUGGGGUACAUCGAUCCAGAGAGCAUGCUGGCCGGCAGGGCGAGCAUCGAGUCAGACGUGUAUAGCUUCGGGGUCGUCCUUCUCGAGGUUGCAUGUGGGCGGCGACCAGCUUUGGUCCAGGAAGACGGUGAUGUCGUCCACCUGGUCCAAUGGGUGUGGGACUUGUAUGGCAGAGGAUCAAUCUUUGGCGCUGUCGACAAGCGACUUAGGGGGGAGUUUGACGGCACGGAGAUGGAGCGUGUUAUGGUCGCGGGGCUCUGGUGCGCGCACCCUGACCGUGGCAUGCGACCAUCCAUCAGGCAAGUGGUGAACAUGCUGCGGUCCGAAGCGCCAUUACCAAGUCUCCCGGCGAGGAUGCCGGUGGCGACCUAUGGGCCGCCGACUAAUCAUUCGAGUUUUGGAACUUUGCUGAUGACCAGUGUCAAUGGCCGGUGAUGACGUUUCCACCAGAACAGUAGUUAAAUUUUCCAGUUAUUAUAGAAUCUUAGUUCCUUAUGUCGGUUAUCAAUCGUCCACAAGCAGGAGGGAAGACAAGUAUGCAGAAAUAAAUUGUUGCCGCUCUGGAACAUCUACAGAGCAAAACACCAUGGACUCCCUCGGUUUUAAUUUACUCGGUAUAUUAACUUUGGUCAAAGUCAAACUUUGUAAAAUUUUGACAAAAUUUAUAGACAAAAGUAUUAACUUAUACAAUAACAAAUCAAUAUCAUUAGAUUCAGUAUUGAAUAUACUUUCACAUCAUAUUGAUUUAUUAUUGUAAAUGUUUAUAUUUUUUUAUAAACUUGCUCAAACUUCAUGAAGUUUGACUCCAUGAAUUUUGACUCCAGUCAAAUCUAAUAUGGAGAGUAAAUAAAAACGAAGGGAGUAUAUAUAUUGCCGGAUCAUCUUUGUUUGCA